AGCACGUGCACGGAAACGAAGUCACAGUUUUACGAGACAAGAAAACCAAAGAAAGAUUUAAAUUUAACGUUUAUCAAGAUGAAUCAAAGAACCAAGAAAGAUACGUAAAGCUGGGAGAGGCCGUUAAAAAUUACGUGCAUGAUGUGUGCCUUUCUGGGAAUUUGAAGCUUUCAAAAAUUGCAAUUCCGGUCGAUGCCGGAAAAAAGGAACCCCAAGGGUUUUACUUCAUAAGCGAAUAUGCUCUUUAUUUUAAAAAGCUGAUUAUUCUUAUGCAUGGUGGUGGUGCAGUACGUGCUGGCCAGUGGUCAAGAAGCUUAAUCAUCAAUGAAAAUCUUGAAAGCGGGACAAUGAUGCCAUAUAUAGAGAAAGCACUCGAGGAAGGCUUUGGUGUAAUUCUUACCAAUGGCAACCAUAAUAUGGACUCUAACGAUAGACCUAUUCAGGGUAGCGAAUCCGCCCAGGAUCACUUUGUUUAUGUCUGGAACAAAUUCAUCAAGGACGCCAAGGCCGAGCACAUCGUGAUUGUUGCACAUAGUUUGGGUGGAGAAGUAGUUCUUCAUGGCCUAAGGGAAAUUGAUGAAGCAAGGAGGCGGAUCAAUGCAGUGGCAUUCACUCACUCUACACACACCACCAUCAAGGAAUCAACAGAAAUUAAAAGAUGGCUCAAAGAGAAUGCAAGAAAUUGGGUGUGUUCUGAAGAACCACUAGACACACCGGUGAAGAUCGACUGUAAAGAUGACUGUGACCAAGUGUCUGCAGGGACGAAUGAACAUACCAUGACGUCUCACCUUGCCAAAGAUUCGGUCUUCAAUUUUUUCGAAGAAAAACUAAGUGCUGCAUCCAGCUUCAUCAAACCUACGCAGUUGACCAGGAUACCUCUCCAGUAUCAGCCGCAUGAACUAGAUUCGGUUUAUAAGAUGACCAGUAGCCCUAGAGGACUUGCUGUGAUUGUCAACAUGAACAACUUUCAACCUAAAGCAAGAGUUCACAACAGGAAAGGCUCAGAAAAGGAUCAACAGGGGCUUGUAAAUUUAUUUGAAGAGCUUGACUUUAGAACCAAAACGCUCGUUGACCUCACUAAAGAAGAACUCUUGAGUGAAUUCCAAGACAUUACCAAGUACCAUUUCGGAGCCUACGACUGCUUAAUUGUCUGCAUCAUGAGUCACGGGGAUGAAGACUAUUUCGUAGCCUGCGACGGAGGAAAGAUCAAAACCCAAAGCAUCCGUGAAAUGUUUAAUAACAAAAACUGCGAGACACUUUGCGGAAAACCCAAGCUUUUUUUUAUCAACACCUGUCGAGGAGAACUCGAAGAUCCUGGAACAGUAGUCAAGGAAAGUGGGUCCAAAUUGUCUGUAAAACCUCAACCCUCGCCAGAGCCAAAAGCCUACACUGCUGUCGAGAAUUGUGGUAGGGAAACUACGGCAGAAAAUGCGGAUAUACUCACUGCAUUCUCCACCGUUGAGGGGUACUGCUCUUAUCGUCAUGAAGAGGAAGGGAGCUGGUUUAUUAGAAGCUUGAUAGAGGUUUUCAGAGAAUAUGCUGGUGUGGAGGAUGUGACGGACAUGCUGAUUCGAGUGAAUAAAGAAGUGAAUUCUAAAGGAAGUCUGGGGAGUAAGCAAGUGCCAGAACCAAGAAAUACUUUGACUAAAAAAGUAUUUUUUUGGCCAGGAAUGAAAUUUAAACAAUAUUGAAAUUUGAACAGUGUUGUCGUGUUGCUCCAUUCAUUCUUCUUAGAACUAUCAAACUUCCAGUAGGACGGACUGCUAACACUGACAUUUUCUCUUAUUAGGCCUAAUUUAGAAUAUGCGGUACCAGUCUGGUCCCCAUAUCUCGUCAAAAAUAUACACGCUUUAGAAAAAGUGCAACACAGAGCUUCUAGAUUAGCGCUUCGUCAAAGAAAAGGGGAAAAGUCCUACGAAGACAUGUGUAAGCAAUUGGGGUGCACCAAAUUAUCUCUUAGGAGGGAAUAUUUAUCUUUAAUAGAGUGCUAUAAGAUCGUCUUUGGUCACAUUCACCUCAAGUUUCACGAUAACUUUGAAGCUUAAAGACCCAUUGCCACUUACCGUGAUGCACCGCGGUCACAAAUGAAUUUCGUGGUCCAUGAAAUUCAAAGAUUCAUAUAUUGAAUAAUAACUUCAUAUUAAAUCCUUU